AUGGAGCCCAAAGAAGUAGAAGGUGGCUCGACGCCCAUCAGCGAGGCAGUAACUGUCCCAUAUACAGUCUUCGGGACAAAUCAAAAACGGCUGCUCAUUGCGCUGCUUGGAUUUGCUACCAUUACUUCUCCGCUGACGGCCACGAUAUAUUUUCCUCUUCUGCCUCUUCUAAGAGAGCAUUUUCACACCACGUCGCAGGCUAUCAACCAGACACUCACGAUCUAUAUCAUCUUCCAGGCGAUCUCACCGGCGAUAUUCGGACCCUUGUCGGACUCUGUGGGCCGGAGACCGUCAUAUCUAUUCACACUGUCGCUCUACAUGGCGGCGAACUUGGGCUUAGCCCUGAACAAGAACCACUACGGUAUUUUGCUGGGCCUAAGGGCGAUACAGAGCCUUGGUGCAAGUGCAGCUUACGCCAUCAGCUUUGGCGUUAUCGCUCAUGUCUGUGUGCCAAGCGAAAGGGGGAGGAUGCUGGGACCGGUCAGCAUGGCGUUGAACCUGGGCGCUUGUAUUGGGCCCGUGGUCGGCGGAUGGGUCGCAUAUUCCAGCGGCAGCUUUGCAUGGAUCUUUUGGACACUGGUCAUUGUCGGAGGGUUGCUGUUAUUCUUGGUCGGGACCUUCUUGCCGGAGACGGCUCGAUCGCUUGUGGGCAAUGGCGAGAAGAGAGCGGGCCUACCAGUCUGGGAAUGGACAUGGCUGCGUAUUAUCAUGCGGCUCACCUCGAUCUAUCUGCCGAGGAAGAAUCCAGAACACACGCGUGGGGCCGGGCGUGGAUCGUCGCGAGGACAGCUGGACCAGGAGAAACCGUCAACCUACCCGGCGCUCCUCUCACGGCUGCAGGUAGGCAACCCGCUGACCUGCCUGCGGAUCAUCUUCCACCUCGAUACCUUCUUCGUGCUCUGGAUGCAUGGAUCGUUCUACACGGUGGACUACUCGCUAGUCGCCGCAAUCCCGGACAUAUACAAACAGAUCUAUCACUUCAACGAGUUGCAGAUUGGGCUGACCUAUCUACCGCGCGGCAUCGGGAUCAUCGUGGGUGGUUACUGCAUCGGCAAGGUCAUGGACUUCAACUACAAAGCCACGGCCAAGAAGAUCAAUUGGAAUAUCGACCGUGUGUCAGGCGACGACUUGGGAGAGUUUCCGAUCGAACGGGCUCGGGCCCGCGGCAGCGGCUGGCUGUUGCUCGUUUCCACAUGCGGCCUCAUUGGAUACGGCUGGGCUGUACAUUAUCAUGUCCACGUGUCAGUCUUGCUGAUCUUGCAGUUCAUGCAAGGAUUCUGGGGCACGUGCUUCUACACGGUCUACAAUACGUUGCUGGUGGAUGUAUUCUCACAGAGUCCGAGCACGGCAGCGGCCGCUGCGAGCAUCACGCGCUGCGCCAUGGCGGCCGCAGGCGUCGCAGUGUUGCAGCCUCUGCUCGACGCCGCAGGUAGAGGUUGGUAUUUCACAGUCUUGGGCUUGUGGAGCGGCAGUUUUGGCGGAGUGGCGCUGUGGUGUACAGUAGGGAGCAAAAAUCCAAAAAAUUAG